AUGCAGGCAGGGAAGUGGUGAGGACGGGUCUGAUCACGGGAAUGAAGGGCGGGUGAGGCUGCAGUCGGACAGAUCACCCAGGCUGUAUUCUCCUUGCAGGUCGUUGAGUAGGACGCCCACGAGAGCAACACACGAACAGGCGGGCAGGAGUCGGCGUCCCCUGGUUCCUUCUGGGUCGGCUGUCGUGGUGGAAAAAGUGGCGCCCCCGCGGCUAGCAGCGGCCGGGGGCUUGAGCGGUGAGUCUCCAACUGCAUCACACACAGGAAGCUUACUUGGAUGUUUAAGAUCUCUGUUAGAUUCAUGGUCUGGGGACGGGGGGUCUCCGACACAGUUUGAGAAAGUGUGGGUUGCGGACGGCGGUCGGGCAACAGGGGUGAAGGACGCAGCGUCAGCGGAGCCGAAGGGGGGUGAGGGCACCGCAGGGACGGGUCAAGGAGCGACGUGUGACGUGGGUGAGCAUGUCGUUCUCGGCGGGGAAGUAACGGAUGCGGCGCGGCAAAACGUGCAUGUGUCUUUUGCGGGACCGCUGGGGUGCCACUUAAAGGUGGAAGUUAAGGAUAAAAUUUGGAAAGGGGAAUUCGUGGAAAUAUUUUCCCUGCUUCCCCUGGAGGAGUUUUUAGAUUUGAAAGAAGAGGAUAAAAAGGAUGCGAAAAAGGAAGAGGAGGAAAAGAAGCGGAGGUAUCGGAAGAUACCCAAGUCUUUUGGGAACUGGUUGAGGGCUUUUUGUAUCUUGGCGAGCGUGAUCGGGGAAAAAUACCCGGAUCGCUGUUCGCAGCUUUUUUGUUAUUUAGACGGGAUAGGGGACGCAUAUCGGACCUAUGGGGGUUUAGCAUGGUGGAAAUAUGACGAACAAUUUCGUCAGCGAUUGGCGGCAAACCCGUCCAUGCGGUGGGACCAGAUGGACUUGCCUUUGUGGAUGAGGCUGAUGAUGGCACAGAAAAGUGCCCCCUUUCUCGGAGCGGCCGGCACGGGCUCAGGUACCGUGUCGGCAGGUCAGAAGAAAGGUUUCUGCUGGCUCUACAAUGAGGGCCAAUGCAAGUGGGGUGCAUCUUGCAGAUUUAAGCACGAGUGCUCCGGUUGCGGGGGUAAUCACGGAGUUUCCAGGUGCUUCCGAAAAGGUAAGCCGAACUUGGGAGGAGGGGUUGUCGGCACAUCAACAGCUGCGGCUGCAGCUGGGAGCGUCGCCGGUGAAGGUAAGCGCGAUGCUGCCUUGGUUAAAACUAUACGAUAAUCAGGAGGUGGCAAAGUUUUUACGGCUGGGUUUUACAGAGGGUUUCAGGAUUCCGUUUCAAGAAAGGGCUGCGGGUGGGUUAUGUAAAAACCUUCGGUCAGUGGGGGAACAUCCGAGCAUAG